AUGUACUCAUCACAUGGUAGCACUAGCUCUGGCACCACCUCAAGGUACCACAUCAAAUUUGGUGGACAAACAAUUGAAACAACAGUGACUGACAAAGCUGCAAUUGCCAAUCAAUGGGCUAGUGAAAUGCUUUCCAAAUAUUCUGGAAAACAAACAGUUGUGGGCUUAGACACUGAAUGGAGGCCCACUUUCAUGCCAUACACUAGCAACAAAUCAGCCACACUCCAACUCUGCAUUAACAACUCGUGUCUGAUAGUGCAGUUGUUCUAUUUGGACGAAAUCCCACAAACCCUGAAAAAAUUCUUGGCUAAUCCUAAUUUUAUAUUUGUUGGAAUUGAGGUUGCUGAAGAUAUCCUUAAACUGAAGAAUGAGUAUGGGUUGGUUUGUAGUAGUAAAGCUGAUAUUCGUGAUGUUGCUAAGAAUAAGUGGCCUGGUAGAUUUUCACGUCCAGGUUUGAAGGAUCUUGCUAAUGCAAUAUGUGGGCUUUAUAUGGCUAAGCCAAAACAUGUUUGUCAAAGCAAUUGGGAGGCAAGGGUUCUUAAUGAUGGACAAGUUGAGUAUGCAUGCAUUGAUGCGUAUGCUUCCUACGAGAUUGGUCAUAAGCUCCUUAUGGAAACUUGA